AUGGCGGAUGAGGAUAGGCGUCGUACUGUCUCUGCCUCUGCUCCUCGUACGCCAGGCACCCUUCAUUCCACUACCGUGAGUUCCCCUCGAGCACUCAGUGAUGGCGCGUCGUCCUAUUUCGACCAUCCCGCUUCGGCCUUCGGCAACCAUGGUGCACACGAAGGCGAGUACGCUUCGACCCACCAACACGGUCGAUCCGGACGCGCUAGUCCGUCCGCAAUCACCUUGGAUGAUGAAGGCUCCGACGAAGACAACUCCACCACCACGGAUGCAGACCGCAACCUCGGCCGUUCAUCCUCAAAGUGGCCGUUCCUCAAAUUACCUGAGCUAUCCACAACUCAUCGUAACAUCCUCAAGUGUUGCAUUGCGUAUUUUCUCGCGUCCUUGUUCACCUUCUCGCCCUACCUGUCGGGUUUCAUUGCCGAUAUCACGGGUGACAAUCCAGGAGAGCGCACUUCCUCCCCUUCUGGACACAUGGUCGCCACUGUCGCUGUAUAUUUCAACCCAGCCAAGACCUUGGGGGGCAUGGUAGAAGCCGAUGUCUUCUGCACGAUGGGUCUCGUCUUCGCCUCCUUCGUGUCCCUUAGUAGCAUGAGCGUAUACUGGUUCUUUGAGCGCCAGGGUGGCCUUGAUUGGCUGGCCGACGUCUUGGUCCUACUGAUGAUUGGCGUCGGAAUGUCGGUCGUGGCAUGGAUGAAGGUCUGGAUGGCGAAGCCGUCAUUCAACACCGCUUGUAGCAUGACCGCAAUCAUCUUAUUUGUCGUGGUCGUGAAGGAAGGUGGGCUUGACACUCUCCUUCAAGUGUCUUUCAUUGUCUUCGUCGGCGCUCUCGUCACAAACGUCGUCUGCCUCCUCAUCUGGCCUCAACGCGCGACCAAGAAUCUGCAGAACAAUAUGACCCAAACUCUUGACUCUUUCUCAACUCUCCUAAGUCUGCUCACGCAGACGUUCCUACUCGAAGAGCCUCGAGGUUUCAGUUCCGACCGGAUCCAGCGCGCCGUCACCAAUCACCAAGCCUCCUUCACCUCUCUCAAGAAGAGUCUCAUCGAAGCGCAGUCGGAACGGCUGUUCGGAGGACCAGGUAAAUCUGGGGAAGGAGCACAGUUGGGGGGAAGCUCUGGUCAGGCGUACGAGGAUGCAAUAGACAGUCUUAACCGACUUGGGCAACAUCUGAACGGUUUGCGCAGUGGCAUUACUUUGCAACAGGAGCUGAUCCGAGGUCACCGGGAGGGCAAGGUCACUCUGAGGAAUUCGAGCAUCAACCAGAAGCCCGUGGAGAACAGAAACGGGAAGGGGAAGGGAGUCGGUCAUGAUCAAAACUCUUCUUCGAUGGACAAUGAGGAGAUCGCUCUGCUACAGUCUGCGGCGACCAUUUUCGGAGACCUGCUCGAUGAUCUAGGGCCUCCACUCAAGGCCCUCUCGACACAUUGCGUCUCAACAUUCAAGUGUCUUCGUGAAGCUUUCGUUCAGUCUCGCGAUAUCCAGUCAGCCAUGCGACCGGCCGACUUCGCUGAGCUCUCUGAUAACAUCGAACGAGCCUUGUUCGCUUUCGAAAGUACAUCUAAUCACGCUGUCUUACGCAUGUACCGAAGCGGACAAGCUGUCGCCUUGGAACACUCCCGAUCCUCGAUCGCAUCCUUCCCAUCUGAGAACCAACUCCUUAUGGGCGACGAGAGUGAAACCAUUUUCCUCGUGUAUUUCUUCAUCUUCACGCUCCAAGAGUACGCACGCGAGCUUAUCUCUCUUGUAGACGCCAUGAGCCGCAUCUGUAGUAUCGAACGCGCGAGUGCAGCUCGAGGUGGGGUGUGGAGGCGAAUCAAGGCCCGUUUCGGCCCUUCUCUGCGCCGCCAAGGCGACCGCACAGGUCAGGCGAAAAGGGUCAGUAUGAAGAAACGCUUUUCCUCCUACUUCGUCCCGCAACGACCUCAUAAGGCGGUGUCCUUCCCGAAAGUCACGCCGCACGCUCCCAACACUAUUCAAACACCAGCCCGAGAAUAUCUGACGCUAAUGGGCCGAGUGAAACAAUCAAUUUGGGCUCUCGGAGCACGACUACAACAGCAAGACAUGAAAUAUGCCUUCAAAGUAGGCAUGGCUACCGCCAUCCUUGCGGCACCAGCUUUUUUCCAGGAGACGCGGCCGCUAUUUGUAGAGUACCGUGGCGAAUGGGCAUUGAUCUCGUUCUUUGUUGUCAUUUCACCGACGAUUGGUGCCACCAACUAUAUGGGCGUGUUUCGAGUGCUUGGAACGUUACUCGGCGCGACCACGGCCUACUUGGCUUGGUCAGCUUUUCCGGAGGAUCCCUACAUUCUGUCUAUUUUCGGUCUUUUCUACUCAGUGCCUUGUUUCUACUAUAUCGUUGCGAAACCGCAAUACGCAACCUCUGUACGUUGCGUCUUGCUGACAUACAACCUGACAUGCUUAUAUUGCUACAACAUCCGUCAGACGGACGUAGCAGUAUUUGACAUCGCAUAUGAACGCGCUAUAUCAGUGAUCCUUGGUGUUGUGUGGGCUGCUAUUGUUUCACGAUACUGGUGGCCUGCCGAAGCUCGACGUGAGCUCAGCAGAGCCCUGGGAGAGUUUUGUUUGAAUGUCGGGUGGCUCUAUACCCGCCUGGUGGCUUUCAAUUCAUUCUCGGACGAAGAGUUCCAUCUACACAUCAUGCGUGAGGACGAGGAAUCACCGACGGAGGAGUCUCACUUGCUACAUACCAACCCUGCUCUCUCCCAAUCUAUCCAAGACUUCAUGGCUAUGGAAUUGCACCUCCAAAUCAAGCUUAUCGAACUGCAAGGCUUAUUGUCGCAGACUCAACACGAGCCGCGCUUGAAAGGACCAUUCCCCGUUGCGCUCUAUCGCUCCAUCUUGACCAGCUUGCAGGCUAUCCUGGAUAGACUGCACAGUAUGCGCUGUGUAACGUCUCGGGAGGAAUGGUACGCUUCACUAGGACACUUCACGAUUAUCUUCCAUACCGUGAGGAGGGACUUCAUAAUUCCAGUCAACAAAGAGCGACGUGAGAUGGUCGGAAACGUGAUCCUGUACUUCUCCACACUCGCCGCUGCGUUCCGACUGAAGUCUCCCCUCCCGCCCUAUCUUCCACCCGCAGAAAGCGCUCGAGAACGCCUUGUUCAAGCGAUCCGCAAGCUGGAUGUGGUGCGGAACCGAGAUGUCAAGGGGUCCCGUCAUCUGUUAUUCUUCGCCUACGCUGUCACCAUGAAGGGCGUUAUCCAGGAGCUUGAUUAUCUAGGGAGGACUUUGCAAGACGCAUUUGGUGUCAUCGGAGAGUCGCGUGAGGCUUUCGAGAGGCUCUUCGAAGCUCCGCCACCUGAGCCGUUCGUAACUAAUCCGGUGUAG